CCCUCUCUUAUCAACAUAACAGAUUUUAUUUUUCCAUUCCCAAUUUAAAAAUAUCCAGAAAAAUAGUAUUCCCAAAUUCUCCUUCAGGUGUGAGCAUUUUUGAAUGCCUUCAUCUUCUUCUAGCAAAACGUAGUGAAAUGGGUUCAACAACCCUAGUCCGAUUCUCAAUUUUCUCACCACCAGCUCCACCACACAGCCACCUUCCGGCGACUGAAGUCCGCUUCUCAAGGUGGAACAACGCCAACGCCGAAAAAUUCAUCCGCCAUGAACGAACUCAGGAGGAAAUCGAAGAUGAAAUCCGCUUCCAUAAACGCUUCGAUUCUGUACUCAACAUUGCCAAUAAUUACAAUCCUGCCCCUCCAUCACCAAUCACUGAGAAAACCUUCAAAUCCGUUGGCACUCCUUCAACUCCCUCUUCACCUUCCAUCCCUGGGAAAAAAUCCAAGUAUUCCAGAAAUUUCCAGAACAACCCUCGUCAAAUACAUCCGGCAUUUAAACCUUUCGUUAGACCCCGGAAGAUUCCAGAUGAAACUCGAAAGCAUAAUAAUGGUUGUUCUGAUGAAACAGCAGGAAAAUCAGCUAUGGAUAUCAAAGUUGAUGAAAAUGGGGUAUGUUAUGAAUUUCCAGAAGCCCCGUUUGUGUAUCAAUAUAGUUAUACUGAAACACCAAAAUUGAAGCCUAAUAAGUUGCGUGAACCGUUAGUCUCACCAUUUGGACCGGAGUCAAUGCGGAGGCCGUGGACAGGUCGGAAACCGUUGCCACCGAGCAAGAAGAAGCUUCCAGAAUUUGAUUCAUUCCAGCUGCCUCCCCCCCAUAAGAAAGGGGUCAAGCCAGUUCAGGCUCCUGGACCAUUCUUGGCUGGUUCUGGGCCGAAGUAUGUUAAGUCUAGAGAGGAGGUAUUGGGAGAGCCAUUGACGAAAGAGGAGAUGAUGGAGCUUAUAAAUAGUUGUAAGAAAACAACACGGCAAUUGAAUAUAGGACGAGAUGGCUUAACACAUAACAUGUUAGAGAACAUCCAUGCUCAUUGGAAGCGAAAAAGAUUGUGCAAGAUAAAAUGCAAGGGUGUGUGUACUGUGGACAUGGACAAUGUCUGUGACAAGUUAGAGGAGAAGACAGGUGGGAAAAUUAUCUAUCAUAAAGGUGGUUUGAUAUACCUUUUCCGUGGUCGAAACUACAACUACAAGACUCGGCCAUGCUUUCCUCUCAUGUUAUGGCGGCCUGUAACUCCUGUCUACCCAAGGUUGGUUCAACGAGUUCCAGAGGGUCUGACUUUAGAGGAAGCAACUGAAAUGCGCAAAAAAGGACGCAAUCUGAUACCUAUCUGCAAGCUUGCCAAAAAUGGGGUGUAUUGUGACCUCGCAAAGAAUGUCAGAGAAGCAUUUGAAGCUUGUGAAUUGGUGUGUAUAAAUUGUCAAGGAUUGAAUCCAAGCGACUAUAGGAAGAUAGGUGCCAAGCUUAAGGAUCUUGUCCCAUGUGUGUUAAUCUCUUUUGAGCAAGAGCACAUACUCAUGUGGAGGGGACGGGAUUGGGUGUCCUCUCUACCAGAAGACAGAGCCAAUCCUGAGAGUAGGAAGGGUUCGGAAUCUGAUAAUGCUGCUAAUACUAACCAAUCCUUUGAAGGCCAAGUGGUUGCAUCUACUUCUGGAAGUUCAAGCUUACCAAUUACAGAAAUGAAUACUUGGAAUCUCAGUCCUAAAACUUCACCUCUGGGUGAGGAAGAUGCAGAGUAUGUUAGAAACGAUGGAACAAAGGAAGAUAGGUCGGAGGAUCACUAUCUGGAAUCUUCCAAUAAGGUUCCUUUAGAUGUUUGUUCAGUUACAACGAUGGGGAUAAGUGAAAGAGAAAUCCCUCUGGUAUAUGCAGGAGAUACAGGUGACAAUUUUAGAAUUCUGAGCGACUGCCGUGAAUGCAAAACAAGGUUGGAUGAUUCAGUGGUGGAUCCAGAAAAUGAGUUGGGGAGCGCUUCAGAUGAUGUAGAAAACAAGUCUGAUUCCUCAUCUUUGGUUCCCUUGACUGGUUACAAGGUGCAUUCUCUAUUGGUAGAUACAAAUCAAAACUGUCAGCUGGUAAGCUCAAUCACGCCAUGGACGGAAGGAAUUUUACUACGUAGGAAGCAGGCGAUUGAAAGUGGGAGUGCAGUUCUAUUAGAUGAUUCUAGUAUUGAUGCUGACAUUGUCUAUCAAAGGGCAGUUGCGCUCUCUAAAUCUGCCCCACCUGGACCAGUUUUUCAGCAUCAGCCUAAGAAAGUGUCAGUGAAAAGACGCGGGGGAGAAGAAACCGGUGAUUUGGAGGUAGGAUGCACCAAAGAUACUCCAGCUUCUUCGAGAAAAGAAACUGUUGUUUCAGGUAAUAAGGUCACUUCAACAAUGAGUACAAGAAAGGAGAAGUUGAAGGGUAUUAGAGAAGAUUAUCUGAAUGUAGUACAAAAAGGAAGCUUAGGAGUAGACGAGCUUGCCAAAUUACUAGCGUAGCUUUAUGAAUGAAUAACAAUGUUUCAACAAUCAAGUCAAUUAUUCUUUUCUACAAUGUCAAUAUGUCAUGGUAUGUUUUUUUGUAAUUUACCUGUAUACGUCAAUGUACUUUUUUCCUUUUUGUUCAUUUAUUCACGUUGGUUCUCUUUAA